GCACGGGACCAGCGUCUCCUGCUCCUUCCUCAUUCUCGUUCGUUCCCCAGUGCCGCCAGCAUUCUCUGUACAGUACGUUGACGCUUUUCCCACUCUCCGUCGAUACGAAGAGAGAAGUCGAAGGGGUGAGUUUUUCCGCCGCUGAAGCUCGAUUUUUCGGAGGUUUUAGCUGGCCCGAUCGGGCGAUUCUCGUGCGUGGUGAAGAUCGGCUCAGACGGCAUUUGUGUGGAAUUACCUCGUGGACGGUAAGGAGGUUGAAAAAGUCCGGUUGAUGAAUCAGGGUCGACUCAUGACUGUUCUUGGAAUGGUGAAAAAGAAAAGAGUGGCAGCUGCUGUUUCAGAGCGCGCAGUUGAAUUUGUUCUUGCUGCUGUGAAGAGCAUGCGGGUGUUCGUGGUGGUGGGUAUGGGAAGGCUAUAAGUGCCAGUGAGCUGAUGUGUUGGAGCUAUAUAACGCUGUAGUCAAGAUGUCUCUCUUAACAAGAGCAGAGAUGCAUAAGUUCCAAAAGUUCAUCGAGGAGGAGGAUUACAAAUCCGCUUUACUGUUAGCCAAAAAAUACGGACUCGAGAAAGAUGAUGUCUACAAGCCACAGUGGAACUGUUCAGAUUAUGGGGAGGAGGCGAUCCGUGGCGUAUUGUCCAAGGUCGAAGAUCAGAUGUGGGUAGUGAAGGAAUGCAAGGAGAGGAUCUGCCCUAGCUAUGACUCUAUGAACGCCUUGCUCAAUUAUGGGCUGAGGGUCACCGAACCUUUUGUGCAUCCUGAGAGCUUUCUCUCUUCUUCGAAUGGUGACGGCAGUGACAAAUGUUGGUGGUUUCGGUUCAAACGUCUUCGACUUCUUCAGUACAAAGACAGACUUGAGACUUUUAUUGGCAUCAACAAUGGGAGAUACUCUCAGAACGAGUACAUGAUCUUUCGCUCAGCUCCUUUGUUGACUGUAGCACUGCGAUUGGCUGAACGAGGAAAAACUGGAGCUUUGGCUUUGCUUUUCAAUCGACAUGCUUAUUCACUGGCCCCUCGUAUUCUGGAAAUAUUGGAUUCUAUUCCAGAAACUAUGCCUCCCAACAGUUAUAAUCAGCUCCUUCCCGACGUUACUCCUCCCAGACCUUUUCUUCCUCGUACGAAGGAGGAUUGGGUUGAGAAUCUUGAGAUUGUGAUGGCCAUCAAGAGUGGUAAGCAGCAUUAUGAGGAAAAUGAGACGGAUUUGAGUUUAGAAGAGAGCACAGAACACGUCGUGAAGCUUUCGAAGGGUCUUCAGUGGCCAAGCAAGACGGAAGUUAUAGAUUGGUACUUCCGACGGUCACGGGAGAUUGAUCGAGCCUCAGGGUUGCUGGAAAACAGUUUAUCUCUGCUGGACUACGGUAUUGCCAAAGGACUGCGAGAGUUGGAAAGCUUUUCAAAAGAUAUUUCAGACCUGAUGGCCAUCAUUUUCACCGGUGAUUCAGACGAUGUAGUCGUGGGCUUCACUCUGUCUGACUGGGAGAGUCUGAGCAAAUAUGAGAAGUUCAAACUGAUUCUAGAUGGUGCGAGGGAAGAUACUAUUGUGGAUCGGCUGAGAGAGCAGGCCACAUCGUUCAUGCCCCAUAGAAGCUCGACUCCCAACGCUGCCAGCGAGGCACACAGUAACAAGGAUCACUCAGACGUGGAUGCUAAUUCACAAUCGUUUUUGGUGACAUGGUUGAGAGGAGCAGCCAAAGAGAAUAAGUUCUCACUUUGUGCAGUAGUACUGGUUGACUGCUGCAAAGAACCUAGAGAACAUGGUUUCUUUGAAGGUGAAGAUGAGCUUGCUCAAGUUGCGUUAGAUUGUAUAUACUCUUGCACAGAGACAGGGGAAGACGCAUGGAGAACAAUGCUUUAUGUAUUGCAGAGUCUUCCGCACAGAGACUUGAAGAAGGAGCCAAGUUUGGCGUUCGAUGAUAUUAAUGGACAGAGGGGGUUGCGAAAGGGAUUUAUGAGAGCCUUUAGAGGUGCUGUCGGCAAGUCCGCAGAUUCGUCUUUAGGAAUGUCACCUCUCGUAUCCGACGAUGCACAACCAAUGUCUCCUAGAACAUCCCCUGAUCUACUCGGCACAUUUCUAGGCAAAGGCAACGUGUUGUCUGAUGAGCUUGAAGGGAGAGUACGAGUAGCGGAGGGGCACGUUAAGGCCGGACAACUUCUUUUGAAAUAUCAGGUUCCGAAGCCCAUCAGCUUUUUCCUCAGUUGUAAAGGAGAUAACGGGGGUACAAAACAGAUCAUUCGAUUGCUUCUCGCGAAGUUUCCGAGCAGAGAUUUGGCAAGAACCGAUAGUGGUUGGGCAGGUUUAUGGCAGGAUCUACGAACCUUACAAGAGAAAGCGUUUCCGUUACUUGGCCGGGAGUCCUUGUUACUAGAAUUUUGUCAAGGAUUGCUGAGAGCAGGAAAGUUUUCAUUGGCCAAAAAUUACCUCAAGGGUACAGGGACUACAAGUUUGCAUAUCGACAAGGCAGAAAAGCUUGUUUUGAAGAUUGCCCGGGAAUAUUUAUAUUCAGCUCCCAGCUUGGAUUCUCCUGCCAUUGAGAAGGCCAUAGAAUGUUUAAAUCUUCUCCCGCCAAGCGAUUCCUUGAAUGCUGAACGUAAUAUCAUUGAUGCACUCACGGACCGACUUCCUUCUCUGGGGGUAACCUUGUUACCUGUCCAGUUUCGUCAGCUUAAGGACAGAAUGGAAGCCGUUAGAUUGGCUAUCUCUUCCGAAGCAGGUGCCUACCUGAAUGUUCCUGAAAUCAUGAAUGUUGCCAGCCUUCUGGGCUUGACAUCUCCAGAUGAGCAGGCUGCUGUAGAGGCAGCUAUUGCAAGAGAGGCAGCUGGUGCUGGCGAUUUUGGACUUGCGCGAGACUUGUGUCUUGGUCUGGUCAGAAAGGGUCAUGGUGCAAUUUGGGAUCUUUGCGCGGCACUUGGAAGGGGCCCUGACUUCGAUCGAAUGGACCUCAAUACGCGCAAAGAGUUCCUUGGAUUUGCCUUGGGUCAUUGUGAUGAAGAGUCGGUCGGAGAGCUGCUAAAUGCUUGGAAAGAGUUCGAUCUUAUGAGCUCUUGCAAUGUUUUGGGGCAAGCUGUGAAGAGGCUUGAUAUGGGUCUCGCAGAGCAUGAGAAGGUGGGAACAUGUGUCUCAGAAUUUCUGAAGUCAGAUCCAGGUUCUGUGUCCUCGUCUGAGGAAAGACAGGGUAAGUCUCUUUGGCAGGAGGCAAAGCUCGCUCUCUCUCAUGUUGCCGCAAAAUGUGAGAAAAGUGAGGACUGGGAGCUAUACUUUAAAGAGAACAGGAAAGCGUUAGGCUUCAUCGGCGUGAAUCUACCUUGGCUUGUCAAGAUUAGUGCCUUGUCACAAGAUGUGGAGAACGCUGAUCAGUUAGAUGUUGGAGCAGAUGACGGAUGGAUGGAGAUUGAAGAAGAAUGGCAGCCCAACCUCCCGAAAGAAUGUCAAAGUCAGAGGGCUCAAGCAGCAGCUUUGAUAUUAUUUGGACUUGCGAAUUAUGACAUUGUUCCAGAUGACAGCCUUGUCUUACUACUUGUGCGUGAAGCAGUUCAAUCUCCAGUAAUUAAGGAGGAUGACACCGUUGGGUGUGGGUAUAUGUUGAAUCUCCGUGACGUACAUCGUGGAACUGAGUUUCUAGAGGAGGAACUCCAAAAGAGAGGGAGCGCUCAGGGAGCUCAUCAAGCUCUGGACCUGGUAAUGACAUUCAGUUCACUUCAAGAAUCAGCUUCAGUCUUGCAUAACCCGCAGGAGAGGAGAAGGGAAUUGCGUGAAUAUCUCUGUGGACAUGCAGACGCCGUUUCUAAGAAUAUUCAGACUAGUUCAGAGUCCAAUUUUUGGACAGAGUUUCGAAGCAGAGCAGCGGAAACAUUGAAGGUUGCUGAGCAAGCAAGGAAACUCCAACAGAUGUUACCUGGUGUAGAUGCGGGACGCUUCAUCACCGGUGAUCAAGAGUAUAUUAAUGAGCGUAUAUUCUCCUUUGUUGAAACUGCGAAGACACGGCAGGAGGAAUGGCUUCCCGGACUAUUGGCACUUGCUCAUGAGUACUACGUGGAUACUUGGCAGGUGCUUGUUAGGUGUUUCUUGGCUCUUUUACUCGCAGAAGGAAGACCUGAAGAGGACAUUGUUGCCGAAAUAUCAGGAUAUUGGUCUAAGUUACUUGUCAGCUCUGAGAAACUGCCUACAACCGUUGAAAUCUACGAUCAAGUUGUUAGAACAGCUCUUGAAAACCUACGGACAGAAGAAGACAGCUCUGGAACCGGAGACAGAAUUUUGUCGAGGGAAAAGAAGCGUUUGGUACGUGCUCUUGUUUCUUUAAGCAGUGAUGUCAACACAUCGGAGGAAGAGACCAGUGCAGCUCCGGUUCAGGAUGAAAAAUCAACCGAGAUGCUGAGUAGAGUAAGGCAUGUCGUCUGGCAGAAAUUGUGCGAAUUUGCAGAGGAUCUACUUGCUCCUCUGCCCACAAGAAUAUUUGUUUUAGAACUUCUUGAGGCCAUUAAGAUGGGUAAGGUUCCUAGGGAAGACUUUUGGCGUUCUUGUCAACUAGGUGACGAACACCUUAUCAUCUCCUGGGGAAAGUGGGAAACUGAAGGUGCAAAUUUAGAGCCGAGCUUGAAAGAAAAGAAGGGACAAGAGGAGAAACUGCCAGCAGCGAAAGCCGUCAACGCGCUGCUUGCUUUGCGAUCGACCCAAAUCAUUUCCUCUCUGUGGCCGACCAAGGAGGUUACAUCGGCAGAGCUUGCUAGUUCCGAAUCUGCCACAUCAUUUUUCAACCUCCUGGUGGAUUCUACUGUAUCCUCUGAGCAUGCAACAGCCUUGAAGGCCCUUCUGGUCGAGUGGGAAGCAGCUUUCGGUUUUGAACAUAAGAGUGGAGAGCGGAAAGAAGCCACAACGAAGGAUGACGCCACCGAAGAAUGGGGUGGUGAGGACUGGGGUGAAGGAUGGGAAGAUUUUGGUGAGACCAAUUGGACGGUGCAUACCCUUCACUCAUGCUGGAAAGCAACUCUGCAAAAGCUGGUGGAGUGGAGCUGCUUGCCACAGGCUUUGAGCGUUCUGGAUGCUGCAUUGCUGCACCCCACCAAAGUCUUGGUCUCGGAAAAGGAUACUGAGGAUCUUGUAACAGCUGUUGGCGAGUCAAACCCAAGCGCUGCCCUCCAGUUAUCAUUACUCCUUCCCUAUAGCUCUGCUCAAGAACAUGGAAUCCAGUUGCUAGAGCAGGAAUUGAAAUCACGAGGUUCUAAGUCAGAUGGAAUGUCAAAUUCUUUGAACCAAGACCUCAUAGCUCUUGUGUUAUCAUCUGGGCUUCUAACCACAGUUGCUAGUGAUCAGUCCAUGACGAGGGUGUACUCAGUUCUCUGUCGAUCCCUUGGACAUCUUGCCCUGCAAUCUCAGGAGUUGCAAAUAUCCACGAAGCUCUCGAUGAGAAAUUGUAUCGUAUCUAGCGAGAAUGUGCCACUCUCUGUUGUUGCAUUCCCAUUCUUUAUAGGAGAGUUGACCAAAGCUAAGCAGUACGCACAAGCCGGUGCCCUGGUACUACAGUUCAUGCGGGUGCACCCGGGUCUGACCACUUGGAAUGCUGCCUACAUGGCCUUGCAGCGGUAUUUGAAAACACAAGCUGACAGUGCGUCAGUGGAGGCGAUUGAGAAAAGGGGUAAAAUGAGUACUCGAUAUCAAGGACAGUGGAGGCAGUUGGAUCAUUUGAAAAAUACAACAGACAGUUUAAUUUGUCGGCUGGAGGAAACGCUUAGAUCUGCUCUGAAGACGCUUGCCAAAGAUAUGAAUUAGGAUCGAAGCUUCAUCAAAAGCAGUAUCUUGUGUGGAUAUCCUGUAUUAUACAAAGCCUGUGGACUACAGCCUAAAGUUUUCUGUAGUCAGGACGGGGUUCACAAAAUCCAGUUGGUUCUCCUGAUUUAGCACCUUUGUUGGCCCAGUUUUCCAAGGCGGAUCCUCGUCUAAAUGUUUGUAUUUCUUUAUCCAGUGAAACAAUGGCCGGAAGCAGCAGAUGACCUCAAUUGACUGUAAAUAAGUCAUGUACAAAGCAUACAUUUGAUUCGUAGACACAUUCUUAGCAUCGAGGGCUGGACAGUUGCACAGCAGCUGGCGUAUGAGUCCUUUUCUUUAUUUCAAGAUCCUGCAACUACGAGAUCAGCGAACUCCCAGACCUGCGUUGUAGGGUGUACUCUUCUGUCUGCUUUGCAAGCGAGGAACUUCAGAAAUUAUCAUUUCGGUUUCUUCUUCAGCUCUGCUUUCUCACUCAGAAAGUACUUCUUUAGUAAAGGAAAAGUAAAGUGUAAAGUCUCUUUAGUAUUCUUCGGUAUUCUCAGGCAGAACCCAACCAUCACGUCUGGCAUAUGCGCCAUCCGGGAUCCAAAUGCAGAUAAGCGCUUUCAUCGUUUCGAGAUGUACUCAAGUCAAGAAGGUUUCAUGUCUUGCCAUAGCGAGCAAGUUGUAGAGAAUUGUUGCCUAGAAAAGAUGGUAUGAGUAGG